AUGAAGCUCUCCAAUCAAUCAGAGGUCCCCGUCUAUACCAUCUCCGGCUCGAAUACUGCCCGUCCAUUGCCUGAGUGGCUGGCUCGCCGGCGCAAGCGCAGUCUAAAAAAUGACCCCGAAUAUGCCAAUCGCAUUGAACUGCUGCAGGAUUUCGAGUUCGAGGAGGCGAGUCAAUGUGUCCGAGUGAGUGAAGAUGGGGAAUGGGUCAUGAGUACAGGAACCUACAAACCUCAGAUUCACACCCACUACCUCCCACAGUUGUCGCUUUCGUGGGCUCGUCAUACAGAUGCUCUCAAUACCACUUUCCUUCUCCUUGCGUCCGAUUAUUCGAAAUCCCUCCAUCUGCAGUCCGAUCGGUCGCUGGAGUUCCAUACCCCGUCCGGAUGUCACUAUCGAACGCGUCUCCCCCGAUAUGGUCGUGACCUCGUGUACGACCGACAGACGACGGACGCCCUGAUUCCGUCGGUUGGUGUCAAUCAGGAUGGGAUGGGCGAGGUGUUCCGACUGAAUCUGGAGCUGGGACGGUACAUGCGGAGCUACGAAGUGGACGUUGGCGGUGAUGAUUUCAUGUCGACUGGCGGAGGCACACUGCAGGGUGGAAUCCACACCGGUGCGGUGAACACGGGUGCGAUCGCGGAAGAAAGCCACAACCUUCUUGCGUUCGGAACUACGAUGGGAACAGUGGAGCUCUGGGAUUCGAGAGCCCGUGGUCGGGCGGGGGUGUUAUUACCACCCACACAGACUGGCCCCGACGACAUGAGGAACGAAAUCACCGCUUUGGAGUUCCAUCGCUCCGGAUUGACGCUCGGCACCGGCUCCUCGAACGGCUUGAUCCACCUCUACGAUCUCCGGUCGCCUGUCCCUCUCCUGAAGAAGGACCAGGGCUACGGCUUCCCCAUCCACACCCUCAAGUUCCUCCAGCCCUCCACCGCAUCCCGCGAGCAGACGCUGGAGCCCAAGAUCAUGUCCGCGGACAAGAAGAUCAUCAAGCUGUGGGACCCCAAGGACGGCACCCCCUGGACGUCCGUCGAACCCGCAGUCGACAUCAACUCGGUGGCCUGGUGCAGAGACAGCGGCAUGAUCCUGACCGCCAACGAAGGACGCCAACAGCACUCCUUCUUCAUCCCCCAGCUUGGGCCGGCCCCGAGAUGGUGCUCGUUCCUGGACAACCUCGUGGAAGAGAUGGCCGAAGACCCCAACGACCCCAACGCCUUCAACGUCAACCAAGCGGGCUCCAUCUACGACAACUUCAAGUUCCUGACGAUCCCCGAGCUGCGCACCCUCAACCUGGAACACCUCAUCGGCCGCACCAACCUCCUCCGCCCCUACAUGCACGGUUACUUCGUGGCGCAGCGCCUCUACGAGGAGGCCCGCCUCAUCACCAACCCCUACAUCUGGGAAGAGGAGCGCGCCAAGCGCGUCAAACAGAAGAUCGACAAAGAGCGCGAGAGCCGCAUCCGCGGCAAGAAGAAGGCCGCCGUCAAGGUCAACAAGAACCUCGCCGAGAAGCUCAUGUACAUCGAGGAGAAGAACGAGCGUCGCAAGGCGCAGCGCGUCCUGGCACGCGGCGGCGACGAAGAAAUGCCCGACGCCACCACAACCACCACCCCCACCACCGCCGCCGCCGCCGCCGCCGAGAAACCCGACGAAGGCCUCAUGGGCGACAGCCGUUUCGCGCAACUCUUCCAAGACACGGACUUCGCCAUCGACGAGACCUCGCGCGAGUUCCAGCUGCAAAACCCCAGCUCCGUCCCCACCCCCGGCACCGGCGCCUCCCAGCCCCGCAAAGAGCGCGGCCUCACAGCCGUCGAGCAAGAAGCCCUCGACAGCGCCUCCGGCUCCAGCUCCGACAGCGACUCCGAUUCCGACGAGCCCCAAUCCCACCGCCCAGCCGCCGAGAAACCCUCCGGCAAGAUCUCCACCUCCUCCUACAAGCGCACCAACCGCCCGCAGCCCCAAAUGCAAGUCUCCUCCUCCGCUGGCUCGGGCCACACCUCCCGCGACCGCUCGUUCGGCGCGCGCGCCCAGAACAUGCGCUCCCGCGACAAGCCCGCCCGGCGCAGUACUGUCGUCGGUGAGAGGGAGGUCACCUUCACGCCGCACUCGAAGAAGAGGCAAGAUCGGCCUGACAACGACCGGCCGAGUUACUCGUCGUCCAACAACUUCCGCGCGAAGGACAGACGGAGUGCCUCCGGGAAUACCUUCCGCAAGAUGUGA